AAUUAAUCUAUUUCAGAUCGAACGAUUUGUCAACUUUUCUGUAAGAUUGGAAGCAGAAUAAAAGGAUGGUUAUCAGUACGUCAAGGAUCCAAAUACUCAAUAAAAUGACCAUCGUAGCAUUGAUACUGAGAGCAGGUUUACCUUCUUUCAAAUUAGCAGGUGCAAAUGUCGCUAUACAAAGAAAAGACAAUCGGGCUGAUGAAUCAUGUGAGUGUGGAAAAAGCAUAACAAUUUCUUGCACUUUUAAGAAGAACACAUUUGCCAUUGAGUGGAUGGAUGCAAUUGAUAAUAAACCGAUAGCAAGAUGUUUAAAACAAGUUUGCAGUUUAAAUCCAAAGUAUGUUGAACAAUACAAUAUUUCGUUUGACAUGGAACAGGGCUAUUUUGACUUGACAGUACAAAAGGUAACCAUGGAGCUCAACGGAAGAAAGUUUGUUUGUUCGGAUGGGUCAAAUACUGCUUCUUAUAACAUGAGUGUCAAAGACUACGAGCCGUACCUGACUGAUGAUAGUAAAUCUGGAAGCAUAACAGCAGCGCCUGGUUGCAUUUCACAAGACACACAAGUUUCCUUCAAAUGGAUAAAGAUUUACGCUAGCAGUAAUGCUGAAAUGGAGUUCAAUCCAAAACGCCCAGUCAAAAGCAUUACGAGUUGUACAAAUGAUUCUGAUUGCGGAAAUGACAUGCAUGUGUACUAUUCAGAGAUAAUUGAAGCUAAGGCCAGUGCUGAAGGGAAGUAUUAUCUAAAAGUCACAGCGAUAUAUGGAAAUGAAAGCAAAGAGUCAUUCAGUGCAAACAACUCUGCCCAGAAGUACAUUAUUGAAGAACAAG